UAUGAGUGAAGCGCGUGUGCGCGUGCGCGCGAAUUGAGAUACCUAAAUGUAUCAUUGGAGUGUGCUGUGCGGCAGUCACCAAUAAACCUUGAUUCGUGUUACACGUCGUUUUCUUUAUUAUCUCAGUGGCGACGAGGAUUGGUUUUCGUAAAAAGUUAAUAGUUUCUGGACAAAAUGCCGAUCGGGAAAUUGACGGAAUUUAAUGUAAGGACUGGAAAUUGGACUUUGUAUAUCGAAAGAGCGGAGAUGUUCUUCAAAGUGAAUGAGGUGAAAAAAGAUUUGUGGCUACCGACUUUAAUCGCGGCUAUGGGAGAUGAGUCUUAUGAAUUAUUAAGUAAUUUGACUAGUCCAGAUUUACCAAGCUCAAAAACCUACACAGAAGUCGUAAGCGUGAUUAAAAACCAUUUACAACCGAAACCAUCAUUUAUAUCGCAAAGGUAUCAUUUUCGACAGAGGCGACAAAAUGCGGGUGAGUCGAUAUCGCAAUAUCUCUCGGAGUUGAAGAAAAUGGCCAAAUAUUGUGAAUUUAAAACUGCUUUAGAAGAUAACCUAAGAGAUCAGCUGAUUUGUGGGUUGCGGAGUGAAUUAAUCAGACAAAGGUUAUUCGCGGAAGAGAAUCUGGUGUAUGGAAAAGCAGUAACCAUAGCCUGUGCAAUGGAAGCGGCAGAAAAAGAUGCAGCGGCGGUGGAACAAAAGACGACGGGUGGCGUGACCGACCCGGGUGGCGGCAGCGAGACCGGCAGCGCGGCUAGUGCGCUGAACGCCGUGAACGCGCACUCCGCGCGGCGGAGCGGACCGGGCCAUCGGGGGCGAGGGGGCGCACGCGCACCGGCAGCGUCGUCGGGGCCGGAUCGGAAAGGACAGGGUGACUCAAGAUACAAUUGUUAUGCGUGCGGAGCCGCGGGACACGGCAGCGAUGAGUGUCGCUACCGACGCUUUAUCUGCGGGAGAUGUAAGCAGCGCGGGCAUUUACGUCGUGUGUGCCCAUUGAAUAAUGGGGGGCCACGAGGAUUGCGAGGAGGAAUACACAGCAACAUGGUAGCCCAUGUACGAACCAGUAACGAAGCAUCGUCGGAGAGGAUGGAUUUUCCUGAGUGGUCGGGAGAUGAUGAACCUCCAUCAACCUCGGACGAGGAGGACUGGCGAGUGGAGGAGCUACAUCAACUAAGUUUAAGUAGUUAUAAGCCGGCAUAGCGAGUUGUUUUCGGAGGGAUUGGGCCGGUUCACGGGAGGGGUAGCCAGGCUGCGGGUGCGCGAGGGGGCGGUGCCGGUGUUCUGCCGCGCGCGGCCGGUGCCCUACGCGCUGCGCGAGCGGCUCGACGUCGAGCUGGAGGGCAUGCUGCGCGCCGGCGUCAUCGAGCCGGUGGAGAGCGCGGACUGGGCGACUCCCCUCGUUCUUGUGCGUAAGGCUGACAAUGGACUCCGUAUCUGUGCCGAUUAUAAAGUAACACUAAAUCCGGUUCUGGUAGUCGAUAGGUUCCCGUUGCCGCGCAUCGAUGAUCUAUUGGUGAGAUUGAACGGUGCUAGGAUUUUCUCAAAAAUCGAUUUAUCGCAGGCCUACAACCAGAUUGAACUCAACGACCCUGAUAACUUAACAGUCAUCAACACACACAAGGGUUUAUAUAAGUACAAAAGAUUAGUAUACGGGUUAUCCUCCAGCCCCGGUAUUUUUCAACGGAUUAUGACAAAUCUUUUUAACGAUAUUCCCAACACAGGGGUAUUUUUAGAUGAUGUAAUCAUCGGAACGUCUAAUACACAAGAACAUUUAGCAAUUCUAGAAAGAGUGUUACAACGCUUAUUAAAUAAUGGAAUGAGGCUUAAGAAAAGUAAAUGUUCAUUUAUGAUGAGUGAGGUAAAAUAUUUAGGAUACUUAAUAUCGGCAGAUGGAAUAAGAGUCGAUCCCGAGAAAAUUACGGGAAUAAUAAAUAUUCCCCGUCCCAAUAACGUAACGGAUCUGAGGGCAUUCUUAGGUACAAUUAAUUUUUAUGCCAAGUUCAUUAAUAAUUUGAGCGCUACACUCGCCCCACUGUACAACCUGUUAAAAACAGGCGCGGAGUGGCACUGGGAUAGAGAGUGCGAAAAAGCGUUCAAAAACAUUAAGAAUAUUUUAAUUAGCGCAGACGUACUGGCCCACUAUGAUCCGCAUAAACCAUUGUUCUUAACUUGUGACGCAAGCGCUCGUGGUAUAGGCGGCGUGCUCACGCAGUGGGGUGAGGGGAAUAGCGGUAGUGGCGACUCAGGUAGGCGAGAACGGCCCGUAGUGUAUGUAUCCCGCGCACUCACCGCGGCGGAAAAACAUUACUCACAAAUAGAGCGAGAAGCUUUAGCUAUUGUUUACUGUUUCGAAAAAUUGCACCAGUAUCUGUAUGGGAGGUCCUUUACGCUACGCACCGACCAUAAGCCUUUAGUGACAAUUUUCGGUCCCAAACAAGGUAUUCCAUCGAUGACCGCUAGCCGGUUGCAGCGGUGGGCGAUUAAGCUGUCCGCAUAUACCUACACGAUAGAAUUCAUCCCAUCAAAACAAAAUGGAGCAGACGGGUUGUCACGUUGGCCCGCGGCGAGCGCAGUAGACAAACAAACAAGGCAGGUACCGGAGCAAACUUUUUUGCAUUUCGCACAAAACGCUGUUUUAUUAGAUUAUAAUGAAAUUAAAAAACAAACGGGUCGGGACCACUUGUUAGGCAGAAUAAUAAGGUAUAUACGUACGGAGUGGCCAACUGAUUGUGAAAUCAAGACAUUACAACCUUAUUAUAAUCGUAGGCAGGAAUUAUAUGAGGAACUGGGGUGCAUCUUAUGGGGAUAUAGGGUGGUAAUCCCGGAGUCUUGUAGGGAAAAGGUACUUACAGUGUUACAUGAGGCUCAUAUGGGGAUCGUAAAAACCAAAGCUUUUGCGAGAAGCUAUGUGUGGUGGCCAGGGAUGGACGAGGCCAUAGAAGCUAUGUGCCGGGGGUGCGGGGUAUGCGCAGCGGAGGCGGAUAUGCCACCGCGACAUGCGCCGUGUCCUUGGCCAUGGCCGGAUAAGCCUUGGUCACGUAUACACAUGGACUUUUUAGGACCGAUAGCAGGGAAACUUUUCCUCGUCAUAGUAGAUGCCAGAAGUAAGUGGAUUGAGGUUAGCCAAGUGCCAAGUACAGCAGCGGGUUAUACGGUUAAAGUACUUAGUGACGUCUUCGCAAGAUACGGUUUGCCUAAACAAAUCGUCUCUGACAAUGGGCCACCAUAUACAAGUCAGGAAUUUGCACAAUUUUUAAAUAGUAACGGUAUCGAGCACAUUUUUUCAGCCCCAUACCACCCGGCAUCGAAUGGGGCGGCAGAGAAUGCAGUUCGUACUGUUAAAAGGGUAAUUAAAAAAGCCAUAAGAGAGAACAAAGACGUAACAUUAUCGUUAAAUAGUUAUUUACUAUAUUAUAGGAACACGGAACAUUGCACGACGGGCGAAACGCCAGCAGUGUUGAUGGUAGGUCGUAGGCUGCGUACCAAGCUCGAUGCACUCACACCGAGCCGGGAGGACGCGGUUAAAAAGGCACAAAGUCGCCAAAGGGACCAGGGGCCGAAGGGGACACGUCAGCUAGGCAAGGGGGAAGAGGUUUGGUUACGUCAAGGUGGGGGAAGAGAAAGAUGGGUGCCGGGAACAGUAGAGGAAAGGAUAGGUAUUACGGAUUAUAGGAUAGUAGAUGCUUUAGGUAGGGUAACACAUAAACACAUCGAUCAACUAAAGAGACGGAUACGGAGUUCAUUGAUCGGCCCUUCUAUUCCGACACAGCCAAGUGGGCACGAUGAAGCGCCAACCGCGGAGCCUGGAGAACCCAGUCCAAGCAAUAGGUCAAGGGGCGAUUCACCGAGAACCCCCGAGACGCCAGUGACGCCGAUGACGCCCGCGACAGUUUCCGUUUCUCCUAACAGCGGUGGGCAGGUUGAAUUCUUUGAGAGUAGGGAGCACCAGAGCCCGGGUACCUUUCAGGCUUCAACACCUACCCCUGAACCGGUUCAACCUCGUUGUUUUCGACAAUGUCGAUUAAACAAUCCACCUAAUUAUAAGUUUUGAUUUACUUGUAGUCAUUUAUAAUUUACCUAAGUUUUAGUAAUAAGGAUGGUGUUGGUUUAUAUAAUGGUUAGACAAUAAUGAUAAUAAUCUAAUAUCCUGUAAUAGAUCUAAGUAAGUAAUUAGUUAAUGUAAGUUUAUUUUUUUAGUAAUAGUUGUGUCAAAUAAGGGUGGAGAUUAUGUAGUGUAUGAGUGAAGCGCGUGUGCGCGUGCGCGCGAAUUGAGAUACCUAAAUGUAUCAUUGGAGUGUGCUGUGCGGCAGUCACCAAUAAACCUUGAUUCGUGUUA